UACGACUUGCCGUGCUCUGUAUAUCUACCUCACUAAUGUCUGACAUUCGCCUGCGUAUCGAUGGACGUACAUUCCGCGACUCCCAUAACCGCGAAGUAACGCUGCAUGGCAUCAACUGUGCCGCCGAUGCCAAGUUCCCUGCGAAUCCUAACCAACCCUCACAUAUACCUGAUAACUUCUUCGAUGGAGACAACGUUUCUUUUGUGAACCGACCAUUUUCCGUGGAAGAUGCGGCAACACACUUUUCGCGGUUACGGAGUUGGGGGUACAACACCAUCCGCUACAUCUUCACCUGGGAGGCGAUAGAGCAUGCUGGACCGGGAAAGUACGACGAAGAGUGGAUAGAUCACACCAUUGCUGUGCUACGAAAGGCCAAAGAGUAUGGCUUUUACAUAUUCAUGGAUCCCCACCAGGAUGUCUGGUCACGAUUCUCUGGAGGCUCUGGGGCACCCAUGUGGACUCUUUAUGCCUGCGGUCUGGAUCCAGAGCGUUUUGCGGUUACUGAAGCUGCCCUCGUACAUAACACGUACCCAGACCCUGCGACCUACCCCAAGAUGAUCUGGACGACCAACUACACCCGCCUGGUAUGUCAAGUCAUGUGGACUCUGUUCUUUGGUGGCAGGGACUUUGCCCCAAAGGCCAUCAUAGACGGCAAAAACAUACAGGACUACUUGCAAGAGCACUUUAUCGGCGCAUGUGAGCACCUUGCGAAGCGUAUACACGAAGCUGGGGACCUCUGGCACGACCCGGUAAUUGGUUGGGAAAGCAUAAACGAGCCCAACAGAGGCCUCAUCAGCUAUCAAGACAUUACACAGAUUCCUAGCGAACAAAAGCUACAGAAGGGGACCUCGCCGACAGCUUGGCAGGCAAUACUCACCGGAUCUGGCAGGGCUUGUGAGAUCGCGACUUGGGACUUUGGUGGUUUGGGACCGUACAAGAGUGGAUCGGUUUUAGUAGAUCCUGAGGGCACACAAGCAUGGCUGUCGAAAGACUACGAUGACACCAAGUACGGCUGGAAGCGUGACGCCGGGUGGCGGCUGGGUGAGUGCUUGUGGGCGCAACAUGGGGUAUGGGACCCAGAGACCGACACAGUGCUGAAAAAGGACUACUUUGGAAUCGACCCCAAGAAUGGCGCCAAGAUCAACUACGAAUACUUUACAAACCACUACUGGCUGGCUCAUUACCGGGCUUACAGCAAAAUGGUCAAGUCUAUCUUCCCAGACUCGUUGAUGAACCGAGUGUGGAACGUGGAUGUUUUUGGGGUGCUGCGAGGAAAAUAUCUGACGCCGGCGUUCGCCAUCAAGGUUGGAGAGACUGCCAUUCGAAACUGCUUCUCACAUCAACUCAAGGCGAUCCGAGAGGAAGGUACUGAAUAUAUGGGAGUGCACCCUUGCAUUUUUACUGAAAUUGGCAUACCGUACGACAUGGACGACAAGUAUGCGUAUAAAACGGGCAACUACAGUAGCCAGAUAGCGGCACUGGAUGCCAACCACUUUGCGCUUGAAGACAGCAUGGCCAAUGGGUUUGCGCUAUGGACCUAUGUUAACUGUCAUUAUUGGGGUGACCAGUGGAACGGCGAGGAUCUAUCAAUAUUUUCCUUGGACGACAAGGCAGUGCCAGCAGGGCCGUUUUCACCAGAAGACUCUCGCGCAUCGCUCGACAAGAAUUCACCGACAUAUUCGCGGGCUCAGUCGUCGGAUACGCUCAGCGUCACGCCCAGCAACCUGCAGAAGACGGUUUCGGUGGAGCAAAUGAGGUCGACACGAACCGAGGGCGAUAUGGCUGGACUUCGGGCCGCCGAAGCCUUUAUCCGCCCUACACCUGUAGCAGUGCACGGAGACGUUUCGUCUUACGGGUUUGACCUCAGGAACUGCACUUUCAAGCUUGCGCUCUGCGCGCCAAGUUCGACAUCAGAGGAUGUUCCAACGGUGUGCUACCUGCCCGAGUUCCACUUCCCGUCAGGCCAGACAAGUGUCGAGGUCAGCGGGGGCAAGUGGACGAUUACUUCGGAAGAAACGGACGGGGCAUUGCAGCAGAUACUGCGGUGGUGGCAUGCAGAAGGCGAUCAGACGAUAACGGUCAGGGGAGUAGUGCGGAAAGCUGGCAGUGCGCUAGGGACGGAUGAGGAUGAAGGGUACCUGCAGCAGUGUCAGAAGCAGGCGUGCGCAGUCAUGUAAGCGAAGGGCAGCAAGUCGACGAUGCGUGGCUGUGGUGUUGCGGGGCCCGUGGCCAAUGCGCGGUGAUGCAAUUGUCAUGCGACGCUCAGGUCACGCAGUCAGUGUGAAGGCGCAGGGCGUGGUGGUUUUGCAAGCAUGAGGCUGGCCGGUGUUGUGUAGGUUGCUAGGCGUCUGGAGCGCAUGUGGAAACGGUUUGAUGUGA